GCCGCGCCCUAGAGUUCUCCUGUGCAGCCACCAGGAGGCGCUGUGGGCUUUCGGCCUCGUCCCCCUCCCGCCUGUGCUCCGUGACCCGCGAGAGGGGCGGAGCCAGCGUGGGCGGACCUGCGCGACGCCCCCCGGGGAGCUAUCCCGGCGGGCCGCGCGCACGGCGGCGUUUGAAUGGCUGUGAGUGGGGCCUGGCCGGGACGCCGAGGGACGCCGAGGGACACCGUGGGCGACGGGGCGCGCGUCGCUCAGCGCCGGGAUACCAUGAGGCGGAGGUACUUAAAAGAUUAUGGCAUCUGAAAACCACAAUGUUAAAAAACGGAACUUCUGUAAUAAUAUUGAGGAUCAUUCCGCUGAUCUUCCUAGAAAAAGGAUUUCUAAUUUCACUAAUAAGAACAUGAAGGAGGUUAAGAAAUCUCCCAAACAGUUGGCUGCUUACAUAAAUAGAACAGUUGGACAAGCUGUGAAAAACCCAGACAAACUACGUAAGGUGAUCUAUCGCAGAAAGAAAGUUCAUCAUCCCUUUCCAGAUCCUUGUUACAGAAAAAAACAGUCCCCUAGCAGUGGGGGCUGUGACAUGGCAAAUAAAGAAAAUGAACUGGCUUGUGCAGGCCACCUGCCCGAAAAGUUACGUCAUGAUAGUCGAACAUAUUUGAUUAAUUCCAGCGACUCUGGUUCUUCACAGACAGAAAGCCCAUCAUCAAAAUAUAGUGGGUUCUUUUCUGAGGUUUCUCAGGACCAUGAAACAAUGGCCCAAGUUUUAUUCAGCAGGAAUUUGAGAUUGAAUGUAGCUUUAACUUUUUGGAGGAAGCGAAGUAUAAGUGAACUUGUAGCCUAUUUGGUGAGGAUAGAAGAUCUGGGAGUUGUAGUAGAUUGCCUUCCUGUGCUCACCAAUAGUUUACAGGAAGAAAAACACUAUAUCUCACUUGGCUGCUGUGUGGAUUUGUUGCCCCUAGUAAAGUCAUUACUUAAAAGCAGAUUCGAAGAAUACGUAAUAGUUGGUUUGAACUGGCUCCAGGCAGUCAUAAAACGGUGGUGGUCAGAACUGUCAUCCAAAUCAGAAGUCUCUAAUGAUGGAAAUAUUCAAAUUUUGAAACAACAAUUAAGUGGAUUAUGGGAACAGGAAAACCAUCUUACUUUGGUUCCAGGAUAUACUGGUAAUAUAGCUAAGGAUGUAGAUGCUUAUUUAUUACAGUUGCAUUGAGAGAUUUCUACUACUAAGGAGCAUUUGGUUUUUCAAGACAUCCUGGGACUAUAUGAUUUCCAAAAAUGGGCCUCUUGAGAACUGUGAACUAUGGAAGAAAUCAAAAUGAUUUUUUUCUUCUACGAAGCCACAUAAUGAAACCACUAAUGAAGCCCUGAGCAUCUACUUCACAUUGAAGUGGAAUAGUAUCCAGAAGCAGCAGUUCAGCUUCAGUGGGGUGAAGGUGCACUGUGAAGAUUUCUCACCCUUGCUGCAGUUGGGUCUGUAUGGUUAUUUGAUAACAUUGUUUAAGAACUACUGGGUCUUAAUGCAGUUAUGCAUAAGAAUAUAAUUUAUACUCUGGAAAAGUAAGACAGGACUUAUUACUAGAAAGUACAAAGACCAAUCAUAGUGGUUUUUCUUUUUUUUUUAAGAUUGUUUUAUGAAAAAAACUUAAAUGUGUGCAGCUAUUUUCUUAUGUUAAAAAGACUUUUAAAGUGAAAAUAUCAAAGCAAAUAAUCAAUAUUAAAUUUUUUGUGUUCAUAUUGAGAUGCUGUGUAUUCAAAAUGCCUUAAUUAUUACUAAGCCAAUAUCAAGAUGUUACGAUACCAAUAUCUGUUUAAAAAAUUAAAACUGACCAUGCUUCUGGCAUGAUAAAAUCCUGGAAUUAAAUCAGGGAUUUACAUUCACAUAGAAUGUUAUUGUUCAGUAUACUCCACUCAGUUUUAAACUUGAGAACAUUUUUAAUAUCUCUGAUUUUUUUUUCUGGCCAGAAUUAUCAUGUCAUGUAUGUAUGUAUGUAUGUUUUCCUAUAUAAGAAAAGGUGAAUAUGUGUUUGUAUGAACGUGUAAUUGAAAAUGUCAAUGAAAUUAGCUAAUUUAUAUUCACUUUUUAUUGUAUAUAGAUUUCUAAUAUUUUCAUUUCUGUAUCAUUUAAACUUCCUUCAUUUGAGUAAAUUCACUAAAUACUCCUA